AUGUCGUUUCGUUUCAAUAAAGCUACUUUCGAGGACAACUCGUUCAACGAGCAAAUCCGAGAAAAACUGACGCAUGCUCUAAAUGCUGAUAGCGGAAGCGGGUCACAGUCGAAAAGUGCGAAUGCAUCAAACUCGGCUGUUACCGAUGAAGUGAAACAGGAAACCAAGGGACCAAAAAAACUUGAUAUUUUGAAGAGUGGGAUCACCGUUAGCAAAGUCAAUUUUCCUUCGAUUCCGCAACUGGAGAUCCUGGAUCUGGAUCUUUCGGCGCAGUCCAAGUCGCUUCUGAAGGGUAUUUGCAAGAUCUCUUGUAAAGAUGCUAUGUUGGAGAUUAACACGGAAAUCGAAGCGAAUUUGCUGCUGUUAUAUACCAACAACGGGCCGGCUUUCACGACUCCGCGCUUGAUAUCAAACGACUCAUUCACGGUUCCAAUAACCAUGACUUUCGACCAAAUUGAGCUGGAAGCCAUAACUAAUAUUUUCGUAAAAAACACCAGCGUCGGUAUAUCCUUCAAUGACGUGAACCUCGACUUUAAUUUCGACUGCUCCAUCAAGCUCUUGCAAUCGAGCAUUGAGAAACGGCUGAAGGGCUCUAUGGAGACUGUCUUCAAGGAUGUGCUACCCAGCGUUAUCUUCAGCAUGAGCCAAAGAUGGUUCACCCACGGAGAAACAACAGGCGGUUAUCCAGAGGAAAAACUGCAACAACAUGUCGAGAGUCAAUCGCAUCUGCCUCGAGUGAUACUGGAAGACUCAGAUUUGGAGGAUCUGUCACCUGCAACUAUGCUGCGGCUCUCUACGCUGGUGUCAUCUCGCCAGUCUCUGUCGCUGAACCCCACCGCAAUGAAUACCUUGAGUGCAAUUCCUGGUUGUUUGGAAAGGCAGAAUUUGCACAGAUUCAACUCUCGUGUUCCAGCUCUUAGCAACUUUUACCCAGAUUUUCAUGCAGCAGAAGCUCCGGAUCUAAAGUUGUUGGGCAGGUCGGUAAGCUCGAACACUAUCGUCGGCGGUGGUUACAAUCAACAGCUCAAUACAUUGCCGCAAAGAGUUCUAGAUGAGAGAAGCUACAAUUUAAAUACCAUUGCUUCUGUUCAGUCUCGCAUAUAUGAACGAAGUAACGGAGACAACACCAAUUUGAGGAGACGAAAAAUUAAGAUGGGUGGCCGUAACAAAUCUAAGAUUCAAGUAUCCAAAAAGUUGGAAAGGAAGGCUAGUGUGCCAGACGUGGAGGGUAUAGCAGAAGCUGGUCCCCCCACUUCACUAAGCAACAACGCCGAACGGUCAGAGGCUAACGUGAGGAAUACCCCAGACUUUGUGCACUCCCCUCGACCUGUAAGUGUCGCUCAAUCGCCAGAACUUUUAGGAGAGAAUUCUGCCUUCUUCAACAUACCUCAUUUGCAACUGUCUGCAAAGGCAGGUGCUAAUCAAACAUAUCCAGUGGUUUCGCCUCCUACACCAAAGCUGAACUUACUAGAGGAGGCCCAAAGCUUGAAUCGCAGGAGAGACCUUCAAAAGCUACGGUCCAGUCUUUACUCGCCCAUGCGGAACAGCAAAUUCUAUGUCACUAGAGAAAUGGAAAGGCCAAUUUUGGAGCACAAGGGUUUAAGUUUUGUCGGAUUGGCUCAAGGUCUUAAGUGGGGAAGUGAGGAUCUUCCACCUCCUUACGGUUGCUAG